AUGGAAUUGCCUUCAUCCCAUGCUCCCAGAUCACAUGUAACAUUGGUGAGAAGUGUAUUGAGGACCCACAAGGAGCCAAAUGUGUUCCAAAGGAGACCAAGAAACCAUCAAGAGAUUAAGCAAAUCCACACCGGUGAGGUAUAUAUAUCCCUGAACUUGGAUAUAUCAUCAAAUAAA